AAGACCCCGCCCUGGCCGACAGGAAGACAACACACGACUUUGGAUACUAUGCAGACUAACGGUUAUUAGCGCUAAAGGCUCGUGUACAUUUUGCGCAAAGUCUAAUAGAUCAGUAAAAUGCCAUUAUUUGAUGGGCUGGGGAGUGGAGGAGAAAAGACUGCGAUUGUCAUUGAUUUAGGAGCAGCGUACACAAAAUGUGGCUUUGCAGGGGAAACGGGGCCCAGGUUCAUCAUUCCGAGCGAGAUCCGGAAACCGGGUCAGCAGCAGGCCAUCAAAGUGGUGCAGUACAACAUCAACACAGAAGAACUUUAUGCCAUCCUCAAAGAGUUUAUCCACAUUCUGUACUUCAGGCAUCUGCUGGUGAACCCUCGCGACAGAAGAGUGGUCAUCAUCGAGUCCAUCCUCUGCCCGUCCCACUUCAGGGAGACCCUCACCAAGGUUUUCUUCAAACAGUUUGAGGUGCCAUCUGUGCUUUUUGCUCCAAGUCACCUUAUGGCCAUCAUGACUUUGGGCAUCAACUCUGCUCUGGUGAUGGACUGUGGAUAUACAGAGACACUCGUGCUGCCCGUUUAUGAGUGCACUCCGAUUCUACCCACCUGGGAAGCUUUGCCUCUUGGAGGGAAAGCCAUCCAUAAAGAAUUGGAAGGAUUUCUGGUGGAACAGUGCACAGUGGACACAGAUGCCACAACAGGGCAGAGCAUACCUGCUGCCAUCGGGACUUUUCCAGAAGAAACCGUGGAGGACAUUAAGGUCAGAACAUGUUUUGUCAGUGACCUGCAGAGAGGCCUCAAGAUCCAGGAAGCCAAGUUCAACCUGGAAGGCACAGCAGAGCGUCCAACGCCUCCCCCAGACGUGGACUAUCCUUUGGACGGGGAGAAAAUCCUACACAUCAAAGGCUCCAUCAGGGACUCUGUGAUGGAGAUCUUGUUUGAACAGGAUAACGAAGAGAAGAGCGUGGCCUCUCUGAUUCUCGAUGCUCUGGUCAAGUGCCCGAUCGACACGCGUAAAGUGCUGUCUGAGAACCUGGUGGUGAUCGGAGGCACGGCCAUGCUUCCAGGCUUCCUGCACCGGCUGCUGGCAGAGAUCCGCCUCCUGGUGGAGAGACCCAAGUACAGCGAAGUGCUGGCCAGCAAGAGCUUCCGCAUCCACGCUCCACCUGCCAAGCCCAACUGCACCGCCUGGCUCGGAGGUGCUAUAUUCGGGGCCCUUCAGGACAUCCUGGGCAGCAGGUCGGUGUCGCGGGACUACUACAAUCAGACGGGCCGCAUCCCAGACUGGUGCUGCCUGAGCUCCCCUCCUCCCGAGUCUUUGUACGACGCAGGAAAAACGCCUCCCCCCCUGAUGAAGAGAGCUUUCUCCACAGAGAAGUAGAUCAAGUCGAGAGGCCCCUCGUAUCACGCCCACCCGGCCCACUGGCCCAGUAAACUUUCAUUUAACAUGCCCGCUCUGUCUGAUUCGUUCACUGAACACUCAGUUUCAGGCAUUCAGUUGUCCAAUAUUUUUUAUGUUCUGAUUAUGGACUGUAAAGCAGGUCACAUUGAUUUGAUAUCUGCCGGCUUCAAAUGGCUUAAGGGUUCCGUGUCCACGUCUGCCUGAAAACGCAGAGCCUGGUCUGAUUGUCCUCUCAAGGCUGACGGCUGUUAACCUAUAAACCCCUCAGCAGAAACGUAUGUGGCCACCAUGGCCAACGCUGUCAUCCAGCUGAAGGGAAAUGUUUAACAGCCAUUACCCAUCCAGCUUUUCCAACAGAGGAAUUAUGUUGCAAGUUAUUUAUUGUUUUGUACUUAGCUGUGUGGUGUUGUUUUACACACAUUGAAAAAGUCCCCCAUACUCGAAGACAAACAAAAGUAUCAGUUAGAGUCUUCACUCUUACUAUGUUCGAUAUAAGAGAUUCAGACGUGUUUACACAAGAGACCUAGUUCUGAAUGUGUGUUUUGUUCUUCUACAUCCUUACAGCCUAACCCUGUAAACCCAUGAACACUCAUUACAACAAAUAAAUACUCAGCCUUUAAUCGGUCAUGUUUUUUUGUUCC